AGAGGGAGGAGAGUCCGAUGAGCAACUCCCCGCCUCACAACAGGAAUCUGAAACUAGUAGAGAAAUGUUAAUUCGCUUCGUUCACGUCUGACCUAAACAGGCGUAAAUAAUUUCCUAUUAAAAAAAAAAAAAGUUAUUUUUCUUGGUGACACAAGCUUUACUUUACCAUCAUUUUCUGUUUUGCUUUCAGCAAUUCUUAUAGCUGCUGAAAAGCAUGACUUCCUGUUCUGUUGUUCAUAAACCUCCAGUCAGAAGGGUUGCUAUCUUUGGAGGAACUCAUGGUAAUGAAUUAUCAGGGAUAUUUUUGGUCAAGCACUGGCAAGAGAAUGGAGCUGAAAUUCAAAGAACAGGAAUGGAAGUGAAACCAUUUCUUACUAACCCAAGAGCUGUGAAGAAGUGUACUAGAUACAUUGACUGUGAUCUGAACCGUGUUUUUGACCCUGAUAAUCUUGGCAGGACAGUGGUGGAAGAUAUUCCAUAUGAAGUGAGAAGGGCUCAGGAAAUCAAUCAUAUAUUUGGUCCAAAAGGUAGUGAUGAUGCCUAUGACCUUAUUUUUGACCUUCACAACACCACUUCUAACAUGGGUGGUACCCUUAUUCUUGAAAACUCCAGUGAUGACUUUACAAUUCAAAUGUUUCAUUAUAUCAAGAAUGCUUUGGCUCCAGAAUGCUGUCCUGUUUUGCUGAUUGAACAUCCUAACUUGAAAUAUGCAACAACCCGAUCUGUAGCAAAACAUCCUGUUGGUGUGGAGGUGGGUCCCCAGCCACAAGGUGUUGUUAGAGCUGAUACUUUGGACAAAAUGAGGAAGAUUGUCAAACAUGGCCUUGAUUUUGUUCAACUUUUUAAUGAAGGAAAAGAAUUUCCACCAUGUACAAUUGAGGUUUAUAAAAUAAUGGAGAAAGUAGAUUAUCCCAGGAAUAAAAAUGAUGAAGUUAUUGCUAUUAUUCACCCUAAACUGCAGGAUCAAGAUUGGCAGCCGCUGAACAACGGUGAUCCUCUAUUUUUAACUCUUGAUGGAGAAGUAAUUGUAUAUAAAGGGGACUGUACAGUCUAUCCAACAUUUAUUAAUGAAGCUGCGUAUUAUGAAAAGAAACAAGCUUUUGUAAAAACAAUCAAAAUGGAACUCACUGCAGAACACAUCAGAUCCUCAGUUUUAGACCGGAACACUUCCUGAAAGCUU